CGGCGGCGGCGGCGACACGCUUCUGCUCGCUCUCCUCUUGCGCGGCGCCCGAGGAAGUGAGCGAGCAACCUCCUCCAGAGCGCCCCGCUCGCCGAGGGAGCCCGUCCUCCCUCCCUCCUCCCCGGACCCGCGGGGCUGCGUGUGUGAGUGCGCGGUGGGGGUGCACGUCCCCCUUCCUUCGCCCCAGUGGAGCCCAAGGCCCGGCUGCCCGGAUUGGCCGGGGAGGGCCGCGAGCUCCGCCCGCUGUAGCCGUGCUGCCUGGCUGCUGGGAGGGGAAGAGGAGCGGGGCUGCGCUCCCUAGUCUGGAGCGGGAGAGCCUGGCAGCGGCGGCGGCGGCGGCGGCUGAGGAGCAGCCGGAGCCUGCUGGUCUGAGGAGUCCGCCCCGUAGCCCCCUUCGCUCUUGGUGCGCAAGGCAAGGGGGCGCCCCUUCCACCGAUCCAUGACCAUGGGCGACAAGAAGAGCCCGACCAGGCCAAAAAGGCAAGCAAAACCUGCAGCCGAUGAAGGCUUUUGGGAUUGUAGUGUCUGCACCUUUAGGAACAGUGCUGAAGCCUUUAAAUGCAGCAUAUGUGAUGUCAGGAAAGGCACCUCCACAAGGAAACCUAGGAUAAAUUCUCAGCUUGUUGCACAACAAGUUGCUCAGCAAUAUGCUACCCCACCACCUCCUAAAAAGGAGAAGAAAGAGAAGGUGGAAAAGCAGGAAGAGAAAAAGCCAGACAAAGAAAAAGAAAUUAGUCAAAGUGUUAUAAAGAAGAGUACCAACAAGAAGACUAAACCAAAGUCAGAUAUUGUGAAAGAUCCACCAAGUGAAGCAAACAGCAUACAGUCUGGGAAUACAACAACAAAGACCAGUGAUUCAAAUCACACCUCAAGGCCCAGACUGAAAAACGUGGACAGAAGUACCGCCCAGCAGCUGGCAGUCACAGUGGGAAAUGUCACAGUAAUUAUCACAGACUUUAAAGAAAAGACUCGCUCUUCUUCCACAUCAUCAUCCACAGUGACCUCCAGUGCAGGAUCAGAACAGCAGAAUCAGAGCAGCUCGGGAUCCGAGAGCACAGACAAGGGUUCGUCCCGCUCCUCUACGCCAAAGGGCGACAUGUCCGCAGUCAAUGACGAAUCUUUCUGAAAUUGCACAUGGAAUUGUGGGAAACUUAUGAAAUCAGGGUAUGAAAUUCAAAUACUCCACUUGUCCACUAGGCUGUAGUCAUCCAGGGACAGUUCCAGUGCCGCUUCCAUCUCUUCUGCUUCUUCUUGAGAUUCGACAUGUUUUUUGGACCUCUCCUCGUAACAGAUGACACCAGGAUCAUUUGUACUGGCUGUGGGCAUCUGGCCAGCAAGGAAUUUCGCACCCUGAAAAUAACUUUUUGACACUUAUGUAUUCCAUUGUUUUAUAUGAUUUUCCUAACAAUCAUUUAUAAUUGGAUGUGCUCUUGACUCUACUUUUUUAUAAAUCUGCUGUGCACAAUUUUUUCCAUGAACAUUGCAACCUUUUUGUUUGUUUUUUGGUGGGUGAGGAAAUGUGAGGUAAGUGGGAGGGAGAGGGCUGUAGGAGAGUUCUUUUAUUUAUUGCAUCCACAAACUCCAUCCUUGUUUUUUCAACAUAUCCUGUUUUGACUUCAG